AUGGCUAGUCAAUCUACCACCGACCAAAGCCUUGUCACAACGCGAACUCUCGAAUUCCGCCUACAGAAACAAGGCUUAACAAACAAACCUGAAUCCGCAUUUAAGAACUUUUACACACCCAAAAAUGAUUUCUUCUAUUCAAAUUCUCCGUACUUGGACCUCGAUUCAAAACGACGAGAAAUCCGUCUCCUCAGGGUCCUCCCGCCCAGAUCGUACGCGAAGCACCUCAAGGCUAAACCCUGGUGGAUUCCAAAUAAUGCCAAAGAUGGCCAGCCUAUUACAGUCGAUAAAAGAACCAUUUACAACAUGAGAUUUCUUUUCCAAAAGUACGGAAUUCAUAAUCCUAACUCGCCGCUUAUAGCGUGCGAGAUCGUCGAUAAGGUUCCACUGUCUCGAGUCGACGGAGAUUACUGUGCCAUAUCUUAUUGCGCAGGAAAGCCAACAGACACUGCCGUCAUCCUUGUCGAUGGUCUGCCGUUCAACGCUUUUGCCAAUCUGGAACACGCAAUAAGACGUACUCAACGGUCGUGGACGUCAAGAUAUCCUAAAAAGGAGCUUCUGCUGUGGGCAGACCAAAUUUGCAUCAACCAGCGGAAUGAUGUCGAGAAGACACGACAGGUGCAAAUAAUGCGGGACAUCUAUCAAAGGUGCAAUGAAACUUUCAUCUGCCUAUCCACUCCUGGAUGUGAGAAUCAGCUCUUGUGGGUUCCCAGGAGUGGCAAAGUUCCUGCUGGAGCCUCCUAG